AUGGCCUCGAAAGGGAGUUCUGGUAUGGGUAGGAGUUUAGAGAUAGUGAGGGUGGACGAGCCCAUUGUGGCGACCUCCUCAGAAAUAGCCGGGGCCAUAAUGGGGGGGAAAAACAUGUGGAAGCGACCAGAUAGCCCUCCGGAUACUUCUGUGCACUGGGGGGCGUCGAACUACCCAUCAAAGUUGAGGGAGGCCGACCUUGGUAGACUUAGGGCAGAAUAUAGGAUCCCGGACAGUGUGGAUCUGAUUCUCCCAGGGCCGGAAGAGAGAGCUUGUUACCCAAGGUCGGGCUGCGUGGCUAUUAGUGAGGCGAUCCUUAGGGUCGGACUUAGGCUGCCUAUUCACCCGUUCUUUAGACUCUCUACAUACCCAAGGUUACUGCGGGGGGGGGAUAAGACCCGGGGUUGGUACUACCUGAUGUCAUGGGGUUCCCACACUCCAUUUGUGAUCGAUCCGCCGAGCUCCAUCAAGGAAUGGAAGAGCUCUUGGUGCUGGGCAGCGGGGCGAUGGGACACAAUGGAGGGGGACCCCCUGGCACCCCUUACAGUCCCGGCGAAGUUUUCAACACUUAGUUCCCUCCCUCGGUGCGAGCUAUCGACAGAGGACUUCGACACUAUCUGUGUUAUUUAUCAGCUGCCUCAGAAGAAGAGGUCAUAUCACAGGCUGAUUCGGAAAAAUAUACACUUCAUCACUCACGACUUAAUGGCGUCCCAAGAUAACUUCAACAAGAAGCUGCCAGUACGCCCCGACUUCAAAACUAUUCAGAAAAUGAUGGCUGAAGCAAGGGCGCUGAAGGCCUCCUCUUCUUCGUAUAAGAAGCAAAUGGAGGAGCUGGUGGAGGCCAGUAAGAGACUUCAGCCUCCGACGGAGGAGGAUGUUCAGGAGGAUCCGGAGGCUGACCUCCGAAGGAAGGGCAAGAAGAGUGCUGCCCCUCCCAGACGCCCCACUGUGGCGAGGCCACCCCCAGUUAUGCGGCAGACAACUAUUCCCACGGGGGUGGCCCUCCCAGAGAGAAACCCCACUGCUACGGAGCCUGUCGCUGCCCCGGACACGGCGCCCCUUGCGGCCGUACCUAUUGAACAUAUUCCGGGGCAACAGAGGAGGAAAAGGGCCCGCUCCAGCAAAGAAGUUGACUUCCUCGGCACCAGUUCAGAAGAGCCAGUAAGGGAGGUGCUGGAGGCUCUCCCUCCGGAAACAGCUGCAGUGGCGGUGGUCCACAGCAAGUAUUGGACCGAAGAGUGGAGGGACCACACCGCCUCCUGCACUGCUGAAGACUUGGUGGCGGUGAACAGCGCCUGCGUGGCCCGGGCACUAAGCACAAGUAUCCAACUCGAGGGCUUGGUGAAGGAUCUAAACUCCAAGAGGGAGGACCUCGCCAAGCGCUUCGAGGAGGCGAUGCACUACGGGGACGCUGUGCGAGCUGCCCAGGCCAAAGCCGCCAAAGCAGAGGAGGAAAAGAGAGCUGCUGAGGUCCAGCUCGCUGCUUCGCAGGCGGAGGUGGAGCGGCUGAAAAAAGAGCUCUAUGAGGUGGAGUGCCAGGUGGCUGUGGUGACUCGGCGGCUUGACCACGCUAACGAGCACCACAAGCUUGCCACCGAUGCCCUGGAGGCCUCCAACAGAGAAAAGGCGGAGCUGAAGCAGCAAGCAGAGGCCCAGUCAGUGGAGAUUGCCUCUCUGAGGGAGGAGUUAAAGUCUGUGGGGGAGGUGGCGGUUCAAAAUUUUAUUGAUCACUUCGAAGACCACCCCCUUUACGACGACUUUGCCAACUUCUGGGCCUCGAGGAAGGCCCAGAGUUCUCAUCAGAACCCAUGGAUGAGCCAUCUUCUUACCAGGACGUCAACCCCCCAAUCAUUGAAGCAGAAGGCUCUAGAGACUGAAGCUGAGUCUAGUAAUAGUCAAAAUGGAGAUUAUUUGUUAGCAAAAGGAAAUGUUUCUAAUAAACCAAAUUAUCUCUUUAAUUCUUUUAAUGAAAAUAAAACACAAAUGGAGUGA